AUGGGCAGAGGAGCACCACCUCCAGCUUUAACCGCUUGCAUCUACUACCAUAAGAGCUAUGAGCAGAUCAAAGAGAAGUCGACGUUGACCAUUGAGGAGAUGGAGAGCUUUGGCCAAGGGCGGUACAUGCACAUGAGGACAUCAGCAGCACAUCUACAGUUUACCCACCAGUAUCACCUGAGAGAAAGCGGCGGUAUCGGGUAUGAGCGCAGACGAGCUGAGCUGGAGGGGAACAGAGAAGCGAGAGAAGCUGCAGCUCUGCAGGUUCUGAACACACAGCUGGGACAGGCUCCAGCACCCCUACUGGGUGGAGGAUCAGUUGUCCUGGCCCUUCUGGCUGGAGGUUUGUGGAUAGGUCUGCUGUACUACUGCUGCUAUGAGUACUAUGCUGGUUAUGUCCGAUUAAAGCUGAACACAGACAUGCGGGACAUUGCAGGCUUCUACCUCAGCAGGCCAGAUAACUGCUUCUGGGUCGCUGAGGCUAAAAUCAACAGCCGACCUCAGAUCAUAGGUAUAGUGGCUGUGGAGGGCAAAGAACUUCCAGACAGCGGGCAAAAGUAUGGAGAACUUUUCCGAAUGAGUGUAUCGUCCACAUCUCGCCGCACUGGCCUCGGCUGGCGACUCGGUCAGACGGUCAUAAACUUUUGUAAAGAGCGAGGGUUCUCGAAGAUUGUGCUUCAGACUACUUCUAAACAGUCAGCAGCUGUGGCUCUUUACUAUAAGAUGGGCUUUAAACCUGUGCGAACUCAUAAGCAGGCUCCUUGGUGGGGCCUCCGGCUGGUUGGAGUUUCAAUUCUGAGGAUGGAGAAAAUCCUACAGGCAUUUGAUGGGAUGUAGAU